AUGGCUUCUCCGCUGGCUAAUGACCCUGAACGCGUCGCGCGUAUUAUGUUGUCCUGGCACUCGCUAGACCUUGUCUCGUGCAAGAAAUUGCAGACCCUAUGGGCUGGGUAUGGAAGUAUCUGCGCAAUCACCGCGCGAGCUACCACCGAGGAAGCGACGAAGUACCUCGGCGAGCUGUGCGAUAUUGAGCCACGAGCCGUGGGGGCCACUUAUCCCUUGAUCUUGAAGCUGAUAUUGCCCCCAAGAAAAGGCGCGGCCCAACAGGACGAGGGCCACUUGCGGAAGAUGCUCAGCUACGAGGUCGAACAAACCUUUUAUAACGACGUGGCUCCGCUCUUGGGAGAUGGAAUCGCCGUAGCCAAGUGUUUGGCCUCGACGAGACAGAUGAAAGGCAAAAGGGGCGAGGCGGAACUUAACGGUCUGUUGGCUACGCUCAUGGUAGAUUUGACCCCUAAAUUUCCCGUUUCUGGAGGGAAGAGGGGUGCUCUCAACCGCACGCAGGUUCACGGCGCGUUAGAAUGGCUGGCUUGCUUCCAUCGUCGCUCAUGGGGUUUGCGACCAGACAACCUCGACCGAUACGUCUUGCCUCCCCUUCAAGAACAGGGUAGAAGACGCAGUUCGGGCAGCAACAAUGACGGGCUCGGGCAAGGCCUGUGGCUCAAUGGUGGGUAUACGUAUCUGGCAACACGACAGAGCGAGUACGCUUCCCUCACUCGAGAUGCGUACUCGGAAUGGUCCGAUUCUAUGUGCAAAGCGUGGCCCGGUUGCUCCAUGUCCGUUGCUGAGAUGGCUGCCAGCUUCUUAACCCCCCGUGGACGGCCCAUCGAAUCCUAUAUCCAUGGCGAUGUCAAGUCGGAGAACCUCUUUACAACAAGGGACGGCGACCGGGUGGCAUUCUUUGAUUUCCAAUAUGUUGGGCUGGGCUUAGGUGUCUGUGACCUUGCGAAACUAUUCACCUGCUCGGUGCCUCUGGAGAUGCUCGUGGAGUCCCAGGAGCAUUUACCCGAGAGACUGAUGCUGGGGGGUGGCGAGAGGCACCUUCUGAAACAGUACUAUAACUCUCUCCUGCGUGAUAGCAAGUCGGACUUUUACGAAUGGGCGGAAUUCGAGCGACACUGGGAGACGGCUCUAGUGGAUUGGUGUAGAUUCCAGGCCUCCUGGGGAUUCUGGGGCAAUACGGAGUGGCUUGGGGCCCGUGUAAGAUCAAUUCUCGACGAUAAUGAGUGGAGACACUGGAUACUUGAAAACACGCUCGGUCAGGAUCCUUGA